AUGAUCGCCACCAAGCUCUUCCUCUUCUCCCUCCUCUCUUCGCUCGCCAUCGCAGCUCCCUCGCCGUACCCGGGGGACAAGUCCGAAUCUAGCAUGGCCUCCGAGGCUUCCGCUUCCGCUUCCGGCAAGUCGAGUGACAGAGCGGCCUCCUCUGCUUCGGGGUACAACGCCUACGGCGACUCUAGCUCUUCCUCUUCUUCUGGAGACUCGUCAUCAUACGACCAGUCGUCUUACAACUCCAGCGGAGACUCUAGGUCUUACAAAGCCGGGUCGAGCUCUUCUUCUGCUGCUUAUGAGGACUCUACUAGCAAGGCAUCUUAUGACUCUACGUCAACCGCCGACAAGUCCUACGAGACUCCAAUGUACGGCUCUGGUUCUUCAUACACCGGUGACUUGGACAGCUGUUUGAACAUGUGCCAAAUGCAAUUCGGUGGUGGCUCUUACAACUCUUCCGAGUCUGCCACAUCCACCUCCGCCUCAUACGAGUCUUCCGAAACCUCAGCCUCCUCCUCCCAAAAUGCCACUUCCACCUCUUCCGCCAACGGUACAACCCACACCGUCAUCGUCGCGCCCACUAUGGGCGUCCUCCGCUUCGUGCCGUUUGCCGUCACCGCCGCGCAAGGCGAUCAGAUCAUGUUCAAGUGGGGUGCGGGGCCGCACACGGCGACGUUGAGUCAGGGGGAGAAUGUGUGUAAUAAGAGUACUGCGGAGGAUGCUUUCGACUCUGGUAAAUUGAAUGCUACAGAGACGUUUAUGACUAGCGUCACCGCCACCACACCCCAAUUCCACUACUGCACUGUCGGUAUGCACUGCACGAUGGGCAUGUUUGGUCUGAUCAACCCGCCCUCCGCCGACGAUGCCGCAGCUUCCUCGGCUUCAAACUCUUCGUCCGCCGCUUCCAACUCUUCGUCCGCCGCUUCCAACUCUUCGUCCGCCGCUUCCAAUUCUUCGUCUGCCGCUUCCAAUUCGUCCUCUGCGUCGGACAGUGCGAGCGAGGAAGCCACAAAGACGUCUUCGGCACCCAUGGAGAGCUCUACCGCUGGUAAUGGAGAAGGGAAGGAUGCUUGCAACACGAUCGACUGCUGGGUUGGCGCUUGGUCCAAGUCUGGCGCCGAACCUGCCAAGACCGCCGCCGCCGUCCAAGCCGCUUGCAACUCGACUCCCGAAGCUUGGGCAUGGGGCGGUAACUGGGACAUGUCUUCUCUUCUGAGCGCUUCUGUCACCAAGGACAACGUCGUCGAGAAUGUCCUGUACUCUCGAUUGAUGAUCUCCAUGAACCCCGACAUGCUCACCCCAGGCGCUUCCAUGGACGACUUUAUCGCCGCUCCCAACCUCAAUGACUUUGCCGCUUCCAACCCCGCCCCCACCUCCACGCCCGUCUCUAUCGCUGGAUCGGCUUCGAGCAAGGGAGCUUCGGCGACGGCGAGUGCUAGUGGGAGUGCGAGCGCGGAGGGUGCACAAGGAGCGUCUACGAGUGGAGCUGGCCGGAUUGGCACAACGAUGUUGACCGCGCUCGUCCCCUUGUUCGCCGGCGCCCUCUUCAGCCUUUUCUAA